GGGCUCCGCGGCGCGGGGUCGACGGAGAAGCACACGUUCCGCCAGAACCUCCUGGACUCCCGCGCCCUUCCUUCCUGCAAACUUAAACGUCAGGUUUAUGCUUCAGCUUAUUAAGGUGCCUGCAGACCCAGGAGCAUGAGCGGAGGGCCCCGAGCUGCCCGCCGCUGAGAGAUGGAAGGAAGCCGCUCCUGCGAGGUCCCCCCGGGGGCGGCUGGUCCGGAGAGCCCCGCUGCUCCCCCCUCCGGAGAGGGUCCCGAGGGAGCUCAGGGGGUCAUCUUUUCUGGCUCGUCGGUUUUAGACUUGAGUCAAAGUGGUCUUCACCACUUAGGAACGAUCUUUAAAAUUCCCAGCCUCGAACAACUGCAUCUUCAAAGAAAUGCCCUCUGCGAGCUCCCUACAGAUUUCUUCCAGUUGCUGCCAAGCCUCACUUGGCUGGACCUCCGCUGUAACAGAAUUAAAGCACUUCCUUCUGGGAUUGGGUCUCACAAGCAUUUGAAAACUUUGCUUUUGGAAAGAAAUCCUAUCAAAAAGUUGCCUGUGGAGCUGGGGCAUGUGACCUCGCUGAAAGCACUGAACCUGAGACACUGCCCGCUGGAGUUCCCCGCUCCGCUCGUGGUGCAGAAGGGACUGCGUGCGAUCCUGGCCUAUCUGCAGAUCUAUGCUGCCCAGAACUCUGACCUCCAAGAUUUCACUUCUCAAGUGAUUUCGCCAGUUACAACGAUGAACCUAAGUGAGCUGCCGCCGCCCUCGUUGUAUUUAUCUGAGGAGGACACUGCGCCCAACAAAGACGCCGUUCGUUCCCGGGAGGCGUCCUUUUUCCCGCCUGUCGAGGAGCUAGACCUGAGUGAGCUGCGGAGGUCCGCCGACUCCUCGGAAGACUGGCCGGGCGAGGAGGAGGUCAAGCGCUUCUGGAAGCUGAGGCAGGAGAUUGUCGAGCAGGAGCGAGCAGAACUGCUUGAAAACCAGCUCUUACCGCUGGAGCUGCCCCCAAACCUCAGGGCAGCAUUAAACACGAAGGAGAAAGAGCACUCCGGCCCGAGACACGUGUUCAGCAGGGGCCCUCCAAGGGCGAGUGUGCAUCGUGGGGGCUGGGACUGUAGGAAGAAGCUGCCCUCCGUCACGAGUGUCCUGCCGGCCCUGGCACCAUCUCUGCAGCGCGCUGGGCUUCCCACCAGGAGGCCCCAAGAGACCAGGACUGCGGCCAUCCGUGAGCACCGGGAGAAGCAGGCGGCGACGGGGCAGCGGAGACGAGACGAGCGAGUGCUGCGGGGGUUGCAGGAGCACGCCCAGACCAGGAGGACAGCGGAGGAGGCGCCGAGGGAGCCCCUGCCUCCGUGGCAGAGUCUGGUGGGCUCAAAGUUUCCCGUUGCCGUGGAUUUGACAGACAAUGAGAAGAUGCCAGCAGAUCCAUCUGGAAAAGUGAGGUCAAGCAGAGAGAAGUCAUCAAAAGCAAGUAAAGACAAGAGGCCUGUCCGAGCUGCUGCCGGGAGGGGGAGCAGGUGGCCUCUCGUGGCCUCUCGUGGCCCCACCGUGACUGCGCCGUCGCGCGUCAUGACUGUUCCUGAGUCCCGGGACCACGGGUGGCCUGGAGGGAAAAGCAACAUGUUCUCCCCUGUGUGGGAGGAGUCGCUGCGACUCGACACGACGUGUAAAGUCCUCUCCCUCACCCUUCGUGUCCCCAGCGCCCUCCGAGAGGGGUGUCCGGAAGAAAACCCGAAACAGCAGCCUCAGAAAGCACACAAGCGCAGAGGUCGGUUUCAGGGGAUGGAGCUCCUCGAGGAAAUCGGGCCUGCCGCACAGGACUGGGAGGAUGCUAGAAAGCCGCAGGACGAUGCGAGGCACGUGAGCCUGGGGCCGACUUGGACGCGAAGCCGCCGGUGGGCGCUGGGCGCUCUCGCCGGACACCGGCCACUCUGGCCGCCUGCCUCCCGGCCUUGCGGUACGUGGUGUGACCUGAAGUAGUCUGCGUCCGAGGACCCCGACAGUCGCUUGUGCCGGAACCUUCAGUCCCGCUCCGGAGCUCACCGGGGCCCCUUCCACGGGCGUCCAGGGGGUCCGACGCCACCAGGGCUGCCUCUCACGGCCUUGUCUGCGGCUCUUUGGAGGCUGUGCAGGGUUUAAGCUGGAAUAAAAGAGAGUCUGGGAACCGGCUGUGCGAUUUCCCU